GAGAACGGUGCAUGUGGAGUGAAUCAGUGGCUGUGGGCAAGUCACAGUUCACUCUGGGUGCCUGAUCAACGCUGCUGGUGGAGUACUAGUGGGCAGCAGCAGGAUGGAUUGCAGGAUUGAAUUCCAGCUGGGUGUCUCUUUUUUACUGAUACUCUUGGUGGGCCGUAGUGAGGCGUUGUGGUUUUCCUGGGGCAGUACAGACGGCACCACUGAGGCUCCAACGCUGGACAAUGAGGGAUCUGGGAACCCUGUGGCUAGCGGGAAAUCACCAAAGCCGGACAACGUUGGAGAAGAUGGGGCAGAGAUCAUUGACGUAGCUAGUGGAAUACGUAAGUUUGUGCAAACUUGGGACCAGAAUUCGAAGGCCACGGAGACCCAUAAGCUGACCACUGUGAGGUCACAAGCCAGGAAUGAGCGUCCAAUGUCCACGUCGAGGGGAAGUAAACCUGAUGAAAGCGGCGUCUCCCUCCUGCAGCUGAUCGGGGACCCUCCCCCAGACGAGAUCACCAAGAUCUAUGGCCCCGACAACAGCCCCGGCUACGUGUUCGGUCCCGACGCUAACACGGGCCAGCUGGCACGCGCCCAUCUUCCCAGCCCCUUUUACCGGGACUUCUCCCUCCUCUUCAACCUGAAGCCCCAGUCCACCAAUGGUGGCGUUAUCUUCUCGGUCACGGACCCCUCGCAGCAGAUCAUGUAUGUGGGUGUCAAGCUGUCGCCCGUGAAGGCAAACCGGCAGAACGUAAUCUUCUACUAUACGGAGCCCGACUCGCAGGAGUCGUACGUGGCGGCCACCUUCCCCGUGCACAAUCUGGCUGACCAGUGGAACCGCUUCUCCAUCUCCGUGCUGGACGACAAGGUCACCUUCUACAUCAACUGCGACGACCAGCCCCAGGUGGUGCGCUUCGAGAGGUCCCCAGACGAGAUGGAGCUGGAGUCUGGAGCCGGGGUGUUUGUGGGCCAAGCUGGAGGGGCCGAUCCCAAUAAGUUCCUGGGGGUGAUCGGGGAGCUGAGGGUCGUUGGAGACCCUCGGGCCGCUGAAAGACAGUGUGAAGAGGAAGGGGAUGACUCGGAUGCGGCUUCAGGAGACGGCGGAAGCGGUGACGAAAGGAUCCAGGACGGGAAGAAGAAAGGAUCGGGUACAUCCAUAUUGGACGCAAAGGUACGAAAAUACGAGAGGGUGGAAGAUGUCAGACUGACAGUUACGACUACUCCAACGUCAUCACGCCCCAUUCAACAGCCCCCGGUGACCCGGAAACAACCAGAGGUGUCUCCCAAGAAAGAGAGGGACCAGGGUGGAUCUAGAGGAGAGAAGGGCGACAGAGGAGAGAAAGGAGACAGAGGUCCUAUUGGUUCAAAGGGAGAUUCUGGUUCCGAGUCAGGCACACGAGGGGCACGUGGAGAGAAGGGGGUGUUUGGAGAAAAAGGAAUGAAGGGAAAAGCAGGCUUCGGCUACCCCGGCUCGAAGGGUGACCCCGGCCCCGUUGGUCCCCCCGGACCACCCGGCCUCCCAGGGCCAGCAGCAGAGGUGGUAUCACGUGGCGACGGCUCCGUGGUUCAGACGGUGGCGGGUCCAAGAGGACCAGCUGGGCCUCCUGGCACCUCCGGCCCUGAGGGACCCGCAGGAGCUGACGGAGAGCCUGGUGAUCCAGGUGAAGAUGGAUCUCAAGGCCCUGUUGGACCGCCAGGCUUCCCUGGAAUCCCAGGAGACCCCGGGCUCACAGGAGAGAAGGGUGACCGUGGUGAGGGCCAGCCAGGCCCCAGGGGACCUCCAGGGCCCCCCGGGCAACCAGCGCCAACCAGACACGACCGGCCGACCUUUGCAGACAUGGAGGGCUCUGGGUUCCCUGACUUGGAGACACUUCGGGGACCGCCUGGUUUGCCUGGCCCUCCUGGCCUCCCCGGGGCCCCAGGUACCUCUGUUGUUGGGACAGGGGUCUCUGGCUUAUUUGGCCCCAAAGGUCCUCCAGGACUGGAUGGUGCUCCUGGUCAACCGGGCUUACACGGCCCGCCUGGUGCUGAUGGUCGCCCAGGAGCUGCAGGGGCCGGGGGAGAGAAGGGUGAUCCAGGUGAACUCGGUCUUCCAGGAGCAGUCGGAGCGAAGGGCGCACAGGGAUUGAAUGGCAUUCCCGGUCAACCAGGACAGGGUGGAUUGGCUGGCCUCCCUGGACCAAUGGGACCACUGGGACAACCCGGGCCACCAGGACCCCCCGGACCAAGCUAUCGCGUUGGUUUUGAUGACAUGGAAGGCUCUGGCGUGGGAGUGGCCAAUGGGGUUCCUGGAGCCAGAGGGCCAGAGGGGCAGCAGGGUCCUCCUGGCAUCCCUGGCCUACCAGGCAAGUCUGGUUUCCCUGGUAUUCCUGGUGAGAAGGGAAGUGAAGGACCACGGGGAAGCGAUGGCCGACCUGGGUUGGACGGUUUCCCUGGACCUAAUGGACAAAAGGGGGACAGUGGGGACAGAGGAGAAAGGGGCGAAUCUGGUCGCGAUGGAAGCGGACAGCCUGGACCACCAGGCCCACCUGGCCCACCAGGACAAAUCAUCUACCAGACCUCCAGCAGUUAUGAUGGUGCCGUUGGAGGCGCCGGGCCCCAGGGCCAAGCUGGAUUCCCUGGCCCGAUUGGACCAAAGGGUGACAUGGGAGAUCCAGGCCAACCCAGUUACGGAGUCAAGGGCGAGAAGGGCGAGUCUGGCUCAAUCAUUGGGCCUGAUGGGAAUACUUUGUACCUGGGAAGAUUGUCGGGUGAGAAGGGCGACAGAGGACCUGCCGGACCCGUCGGGCCUCCUGGGCAGUAUGGUUCUCCUGGGAUAAAGGGUGAAUUUGGAAUGCCCGGAAGACCUGGUCGUCCUGGUGUGAACGGAUACAAGGGUGAGAAAGGAGAGCCAACCACAGGAGCUGGAUUUAGCUACCCAGGUGUCCCAGGCCCACCCGGGCCGCCGGGACCACCUGGGCCAGCUGUGCCCGUGGACCGCUUCAAUGGAUAUGACGCCUCAAGGAAUUAUCCAGUGACAAAGGGGGAGAAAGGUGAUUUCGGAGCUCAAGGUCUCCCAGGACCACCAGGUGUGGCCUCUAACUUCGACAUUUUUACAUUCAAGAAUGACCUGAAAGGAGAGCACGGCGAUACAGGCGUGAAGGGGGAGAAAGGAGAGCCAAGUGGUGGCUAUUAUGACCCCCGUUUUGGAAGGCAACAAGGCCCGCCAGGACCCCCUGGAAACCCAGGACUUAUGGGUCCAAAGGGAGAUUCCAUCACGGGCCCCCCUGGUCCACAGGGCCCACCAGGCUCCUCAGGGAUUGGUUACGACGGUCGUCCAGGAAACCCAGGCCCACCGGGGCCUCCCGGGCCCACAGGGUCCCACUCACUACCAGGGGCCUACAGACCUACCCACCCCAUUAGUAUUCCAGGCCCCCCCGGACCUGCUGGACCACCUGGAAUUCCUGGUCACACCUCAGGGGUGACAGUUUUGAGGUCAUACGACACCAUGAUUGCUACUGCAAGGCGCCAGUCGGAGGGCACGCUCAUCUACAUUGUCGACAAGGCAGAUCUCUACAUCCGAGUCCGCAAUGGAUUCAGACAAAUCAUGCUCAGUGACUACAGUCCCUUCUACAGAGAUCUGGACAACGAAGUAGCGGCAGUCCAGCCUCCCCCUGUCGUCAAUUACCCCCAAUCCCAGGACCACUCGGCCAACAAUGGAGCUGAACAAUUCUCCCACGGCGGUGCUGCCACCCACCCCAUCGUGCCUCCUCCUCGCCAGCCUAUUGAGAUCCCCAGGCCCGCCCAACCCAACAAUCGUGACCCCAGAGACCCCCCUCAGUAUGAUCCCAGAUACCCCCCUCAGACAGAUGGCCGCUACAGCCCUGUGCAGCCUGAGAACAGGUAUCCCUCCCAGCCCGAAAGACGAUAUCACAUUACCCCCCAGAGACAACCUGUUCCCCAGCCUGCCGGUCACGUCCACACAUCAGGGCCAGGACUCCACCUGAUCGCCCUGAACACUCCCCAAGUGGGCAACAUGCGGGGCAUUCGAGGGGCAGACUUCCUGUGUUUCCAGCAAGCUCGUGCAGUGGGCCUGAAGGGCACCUUCAGGGCUUUCUUGUCCUCCAAGCUCCAGGACCUCUACAGCAUCGUUCGCAAGUCCGACAGAGACAGCCUCCCCAUCUUAAACCUCAAGGACCAUGUGCUAUUUAAUAGCUGGGAGUCAUUGUUCAGUAAGACUGAGGGGAGGAUGGAGGAAAAUGCGCCAAUCUACUCCUUUGACGGCAGAGAUAUCCUCAGGGACAGUGCAUGGCCAGAGAAAUUGGUCUGGCACGGCUCUAGCAGCGAGGGUCACCGCCAGACAGAUAACUACUGUGAGACAUGGAGGGCAGGAGACCGUGCAGUGACUGGCCUAGCGUCCUCACUGCAGACCGGCCAGCUCCUACAACAGUUGCCCAGUAGCUGCUCUAGCUCCUACAUAGUGCUGUGUAUCGAGAACAGCUAUCUCUCUCAUUCCAAAAAAUAAGUAAAAACCUGUCCCUGUUUUUUUGGUCCUAGUAAACGCAAUACAAUUAUCCAAAUAGGCUCAUUCCUCUCUCCCAUGCCUCCAAAACAUGACUGCCUACAAACUGGUUCUGCAGCUCUUGCCUGGCAGAGAAGCUCGCCAUUGUCUUCUUCAUCCCUUCCGUAAUGCCAAAGAGACGGGUCGAACAUAGAGGUGUUUCCCCUUUUCUCAGGGCAUUGGCACAUAUUUUCCAAGGGGUUGAACAAGAGAAGAGAAGCUAACUGCGGCAGCAUUUUUUAUUGUAUCCAUUAAAAAAUAUAUAUUGUAUAUGAUAUAUCUGUGUUUUAUUUUUAUUUCUGUUUUUAUCAAUGUUACUUUUUAAACUGUCUUCAAAUUUGGUAUAUUCAAUUAGCUAUACAUUUUUUUAUGUACCGUUUUCCACAUUUUUGUUUUAUUUUCAUUUCAUUUAAGGCUUGUGGUUUACUAAGGGGGCAACCUUUUAAAUAAUAUUUUAAAAUUAAAGAAGAGAAUAGUUAUUUAUUUUGAAAUGAAGUUAUGUGAGAACAUACGAUAUGAUUUGGAAAAGUAACAACACAUGUAAAAUGCCCUAACCCAUAUUGUAGUCAGCAGUCACAAUAUUUCAUACAUUUACACAGGCGAGGGUGAGUUUCAUAACCUAAUAUGGAAAACUGUAAGUUGCAAGUAUGAGUGUGUGGUUUUAGAAAUGCAUGUCAAAAGAGAUUCUGAUAAGAAAUUCUGAGUUGAUAUCUGCUCCCAAGAUAAUUGUUUUAUAAAAAUAAGUAAAUAGCCUCCCGGGUGGCGCAGUGCUGAGAUUCUGGGUUCUGUCGCAGCCGGCCGCGACCGGGAGGCCCAUGGGGCGGCGCACAGUUGGCCCAACGUCGUCCGGGUUAGGGAGGGUUUGGCCGGCAGGGAUAUCCUUGUCUCAUCACGCACUAGCGACUCCUGUGGUGGGCCGGGCGCAGUGCACGCUGACCAGGUUGCCAGGUAUACUGUGUUUCCUCCGACACAUUGGUGCGACUGGCUUCCGGGUUGGAUGUGCAUUGUGUAAAGAAAGUGCGGCUUGGUUGUGUUUCGGAGGACGCAUGGCUCUCGACCUUCGCCUCUCCCGAGUCCAUACGGGAGUUGCAGCGAUGAGACAAGACUGUAACUACUACCAAUUGGAUAUAAUAAAACUCAGAUAUGAUAUGAUGGUUCUUAGAAAGAAUAUUGCUAUAAUGUUAUGUACCAGCUCACAAAUAUGUUAAAUGUGAUUAUAAAUAUGAUUACUUUAAAUUCCAUAGAACAUUUCUGUUUACUUGACAUUUUACUUUUGGUGAAGGUAACUUUUAUAUGUCCUCGUAAAAAUGUGCCAUGUUUAUAUCUAAGACAUAAGUUAUAAUGUCUGUAAAGCAGAGGCUGAGACAAAUUUGAUGGAAGGUGUUAAUCAAAAAAGAAAAUCCAGUUCAUAAUAACCUACCAUUGGGGUUUGAAAAUGUUUUGAGUUAAAUUGUGUGCUAAUUUCUAUUGAAGUGGCUGCUGACUGUGAUGGUUGAGGAAACCCAGAUGCAUUUUAUUAAGACACUUUGUAUUAGCCUCGUGUUGUUGAAUUUCUGAGACUUUUUUUUGGGCUAUAGUGCUACUGUUGUCUUGACUGAACCAGUAUUUUUGUAACAAGUAUGUGCUGUAUCAUUUCUCAGAGGCACUGAAUAAAUGUUUUUUUUUCCCCACCUACACUUGGACAUGCUGCUGCCAUCAUGUGGAUAGAAAUACAGCAGUUUCUUUUCUUAUCCAUGUUUGGUCAACUAGGCAAAAUGUUAGUCAUCAAGGAAUACAACUAAUGAUCCCUGACAUGAAUUGAGAUUUAGAUGGAUUCAUUCAAUCUAAUGGAUUGAAGAUUCCUCUGCUAAUUCCUCAUAUAAAGGGAUAUCAUAUCAGGCAAGUUUUUCAAAGGUCAUGUUAGUUCAUUUACAGCGAAUAUCAGUGGUUUGUAAUUGUUCAGUGUUCAUAUUUGGAAUAAACUACAGUUUCUUCAGAAAGUA